AUGGCGACAAACAACGAUGAUUUUAAAUGUAAAGUUUGUAAGAACAUAUAUACAAGUCCAGUUGUUCAUAGACUUUGUGGUAUUUCCUUUGAUCGUACAUGUAUUGGAAGAAUAUGUCCAGCACAAGAAUGUCGUCAAAUUAUAAAUGAAAAUGAUUUAAUAGAUAAUUAUACUCUAUUGAAAAUUGCUGAUGAAUAUCGAUUCACUUUAGAAAUGCCUCCUACUUAUUAUCUCUUUCUACUUGAUACUAGUACUUCAAUGUGGUAUUCCGAUCGUUGGCUUCCUUUUGUCAUAGGCGAAAGUCGAUUCACAUAUGCUAUAGAGUUUUUAAACGAUUUUUUUAAAUUAAAGUUGAAUAAAAUGACUGAAAAAAUUUCAUUAGUUACAUUUGAUACAUCUUCAUUACAACGAUUUGAUUUCGAAAUAAUCGAUGAAACUCAUUUAACAUUUUUACAACAUUUAAAAUGUGAAGGUAAAGAUACAGCAUUAUUCGAUUCUAUUGAUUUUUGUCUAAUGAAAAUUGAACAAUUAAAAACAUUACUUGGUAAUCAAAUGUCAUCUUUAUAUCUUUUUAUACUUACUGAUGGUGGUAAUAAUUUUGGUAAAGCAGAAUCUAUACAUGCUACACAAAUAUUAUGGCGUUCGAAAAAACUUCAUAUAUCUGGUCAUAUUAUUCAAAUAGGAGAUAAAAAUAGAAAAAAAACAAGAACAAUAUGUGAUUUGAUUAAAUUCAAAUAUAAUCAUUUCAAAGGUGGAAAUGUAGCAGAAUUUGUUAAAUCAUUUACAAAUUCAAUUACAACAGAAAUUCGAACUCGAAAUGCUCAAGUUCUAUCUUCAAUGUAUUCAACAACACGAAUGAUCAAUCAAUUACCGGAUGUACCAAAUUCACCAAUUAAAGUACCAUCGAAACAAAAAGAACUUGGAUAA